CAACAAAGGGAUCAAACGUUAUAUUUGGUAGCAUUUACGUUGGCGCUGUGCGGGUCGUCACCUUGAAUUCUGCCUGUAUUGGUCGAAAUUAACGCUAAGCGGACCCUCAACUGUGAUAAACCGACUGCUGAAGGAGAAGUGUGGCUGCUAUUUACUUGAAGACGAUCAGUUCGGAGGAACCUUCGCCUUUUUUAUUUAUGUUUGUUUGCCUGGUUCACUAUGGGAGUAGUACUUCGAAAUCUCCAGAGGGUGGUGCCCCUUCGCCGCGCCAGACUUCGCAGUGACGUCGACAGACUGAGACACAUCCUGGGUAUUCACAAAUUUGACCUGAGCAUCGUGUGUGUAGACAACCACAGGAUCAAACAAAUUAACAAUAUCUACAGAAAGAAAAAUGUGCCGACAGACGUCCUUUCCUUCCCUUUCUAUGAGGAUUUGAGACCUGGGAAGCUGCCCUGUGUCCUUCAUAGGGACGAACUGAACCUCGGGGACAUUUUCUUGGGGGUUGAGUUUAUCAUGAAUCAGUGUGUGGAUGAAUCUGUGGAUCUGCACGAUACUCUGACUGUGGUCACUGCACAUGGAAUAUGCCACCUACUGGGCUACAGACACGAGACCGAGGAGGAAUGGACCGAGAUGUUGCAGAGGGAAAGCUACAUCCUGACGGAGUUCACCCGACUGACAGGUCGUCAUCUUCAGCCUCUGAUGAAGAGAUGUGAUGACGUCAGAUGACAGACUAUGAUAAGGUCCAGCUGCUGCCUUUACUAUGGUGCUGAGUUUAACUCCCCACUGUGGAUGACUACACCCAUCAGGACAGAUGACCUCAAUGAUGCUGCUUCACAAACACUAGAUUUCAAUGUUGUGAAAGAUUUUUUUUAAAGAUAUUUUAUUGUUUUAUUAAAAUCUGCUUUAGGAAGAGUCACUUGUUCAUGAAGGGUAGAAAAAAAAAGCUGUACGUUCUUAUUUACAAAUAGAUCUCAUCCUCGUAACACUGCGGUGGGACGGGAGGGGGAGGGAGGAGAGGCGGGGAUGCACCACAGGAAAGAAAAUCACAAUUCCUGUUUUAACGUGUGACCUUACAAGCCAGGUGUGUAAAUAAAUGGUUUGUAGGUGGACGAAGUCAACCCACAGUGGACACUUCCUGAAACUACAGAGAGAACUUUUUUUUUUUUUUUUUAAGGUUUGAUUUGCCCGGUGCGAUCUGAUAGGCUCUUCGUGACCAUUUCACCUACGGCUGGAAAUAAAUAGACAAUCUGAUUUAUACAUUGACUUCAGACAGACAUUUAAAAAAAAAAAAAAGCAACAGGUUUGUGCAACUUUCAACGUAAAGCUUGAACACGAUCUCUUGUGAGGCACAAGGUCAGAAACCCCCACAAAAAGGUUGAUGUGGGUUCAACUGAGAACAGCUCAGUGGAGAAAACCUGUAACUGAGCUACACAACUGUGUUGAAUAAAUGGAGACAGUCACACAAACAUUGUUACAAAUAAAACACAGAAACCAAAAAAAAAAAAA